AUGACUAUGGCAUUGACGGAGAGAGUGAUUCUUGGUUCCAUUGCUUUUGCAAUAUUUUGGAUAUUGGCAGUUUUUCCUGCUGUCCCGUUUAUGCCUAUUGGAAGGACUGCAGGAUCAUUACUUGGUGCUAAUUUAAUCGUAAUACUUCGAGUAUUGACACCAGAUGAAGCAUAUGCUGCUAUUGAUCUUCCAAUUUUAGGACUUCUGUUUGGAACAAUGGUUGUGAGUAUUUAUUUAGAAAGAGCAGAUAUGUUUAAGUACUUGGGAAAAUUAUUGGCUUGGAAAAGCAGGGGAGCUAAGGAUUUACUCUGUAGAAUCUGUUUGAUUUCUGCAAUUUCAAGUGCUUUUUUCACUAAUGAUACUAGUUGUGUUGUGUUAACUGAGUUUGUGCUGAAAAUUGCUAGGCAACAAAACCUCCCACCUCAUCCGUUCCUUUUAGCUCUCGCGUCUAGUGCAAAUAUUGGAUCUUCAGCAACUCCUAUUGGGAAUCCUCAGAACUUAGUUAUAGCAAUAUUGAGCAAGAUCACGUUCGGGAGGUUUUUAUUUGGUAUAUUUCCUGCAAUGUUUGUUGGAGUUGUUGUUAAUGCUGUAUUGUUGCUUUGCAUGUAUUGGAAUGUGUUGUCUGUUCAGAAGGAUGUUGAAAAUGCUGAAGUAGAAAUAGUUUUGGAUGAACAAGUAGUCUCUCAUCGUUUUGCACCAGCAACGAUGUCACAUGUUGUUAAUUCGUUACAUUCUCAAGAUCAGUUUAGUGGGAAUGAAAUCAUCAAGGAUCCAAACGGGGUGUUUGAUUCUUCUAGGAAUUUUAAUGCCUCCAGAGAAGCAGCAAAUGAUCAUGGAUCACUUCAAAUGAGGGACAAGAAUGUGUCUUUGAAGACUGUCGAUGAACGUGAAGAUCAAAACUUCACAUCUUGUGAGGAAAAGCACAACUUCUCUGAAAUAUGGAGAAGAUUGUUAUGGAAAAUAUGUGUUUAUCUUGUUACAAUUGGAAUGUUAAUAUCUUUACUGAUGGGUUUGAAUAUGUCAUGGACUGCUAUCACAGCAGCACUUGCUCUUGUGGUUCUUGAUUUCAAAGAUGCUAAAGAAUGCUUAGAAAAGGUAUCGUAUUCGCUGUUGAUAUUCUUCUGUGGUAUGUUUAUCACAGUAGAUGGAUUCAACAGAACAGGAAUUCCAAGUGCUUUCUGGGAUUUUAUGGAACCAUAUGCCAAGAUAGACCAUGCUGGUGGUGUAGCAGUUCUUGCUGUUGUCAUACUUGUCCUCUCAAAUUUAGCUUCUAAUGUGCCUACUGUUCUAUUGCUGGGAGUUCGGGUAGGUGCAUCAGCGGGUGCAAUAUCCGAAGCAAGUGAGAAGAAAGCAUGGCUCAUCUUAGCCUGGGUUAGUACUGUGGCUGGCAACCUUUCACUAUUAGGGUCAGCAGCAAACUUGAUAGUAUGUGAACAAGCUCGUCGCGCUCAACCUUCGGGGUACAAUCUAUCAUUCUGGACUCAUCUCAAAUUUGGAGUUCCCUCUACUAUAAUUGUUAUAGCUAUUGGUUUGACACUCAUUUGAGAUUGAAGUUAAAUUUGUACUAAUAGCUUCACAAUGAUUGUCAAUAGGAGUUAGUCUACCUUGUGUAUUCUGUUCUCCCAACAACAUGUUGUAAACAAGUGCAGCUAAAACUGUCACUUGGUAUAAUUUCCAAUUCCAUUAUAAUUGGGACGCCUCAACUUAAGAAAAGAAGUUUUACCUCGGCAAAACACAAAAGAGAUGUUGGAUAUA